AUACUAUCUCUUUGAUAUACAUUAAUUAUACUGAGACUUGUGUGACUUGUGUAUAUAUACUCGCAACUCGGCUAUUUCAAGCAUGCCGGCUGAACCUCGGCGCACGGGCCAUAUAAUAAUGCCUGCGUUUGCCUCAGGCGGCGACAUUGAAGCUCCCGACUUCGUUGAGCGCGGAUAUUCAAUUGCAUGACGAUUGUUUGCCUCAGCGCGUCUUUGAACCAGCAUCUUCUCUGACCAGGGGCAUCUUGGUCGCCUUGCCCUUGCCGUUCAUUUUCACCACCGUGUCGCGAUCCGAGCCUGGCGUCAUCGUCGCGAAGUUGCGCCUGGAGACAGUGAUUCCAUACCCUCGUGCACUUCGAUGAGUUCCGCCAUCAGCGGUUUGACCAGCUGAACAGAACUUCCUCCUACGGGAUCCUCCUUCUAACAGGUCGCGGAACGGUUUCCAAAAUGCCCGACUCUCUCCCGGAUAUCGAUUCCAUCGGCAUCAAAGCAGAUCCGCACCUCGCGGACCAGUUCAGACGAGAGGUUGCGCAACUCUUGGGACGCAACAAUCUCAGCUUCCCCGGUGCGCAACCGGUCAGUUUCUCAUCCAAGCAUAUCCUGGAACUUCAGAAGGAGGAUUACUACGUGUGCGAAAAGACGGAUGGCAUCCGUUGUCUCAUGUACUUUGCGCGCGGGGACCCGGACUCGGACGCGCCGGAAAUUCAUUAUCUGAUCGAUCGCAAGAAUGACUACCGAUAUGUGCCUGGUCUUCAUUUCCCAUUGCCUGACGACGACACGUUUCGAUCGUUCCAUGUGGAUACGCUGGUGGAUGGGGAGUUGGUGAAAGAUACGUACGAGGAUGGCACGACGCAGUUGAAGUAUCUCGUCUUCGACUGCAUGGUCUUGGACGGACAGAGCUUGAUGCAUCGGACGCUGGAUAAACGACUGGCGUAUUUCAAGGAGAAAGUGUUGAAGCCGUAUAAUGCGAUGUUCAAGAAAUACCCGGAGGAGAAGCAGCAUCGGGUUUUUGCCGUGGAGGACAAAUCAACCCAGUUCAGCUACGGGAUCGAGAUGAUGUUCCGAGAGAUUAUCCCCAAGGUGAAGAGGAUCCAUGGCAAUGAUGGUCUUAUUUUCACCUGUCGUUCGACGCCGUACAAGAUUGGUACGGACGAGCACAUUCUCAAAUGGAAGCCGCCGAAUGAGAACAGUAUCGAUUUCCGCAUGCGCCUCGAGUUUCCCCUCCUUGAACCCGAUACGGACGAUGAAGCGGAGGGUAUCCAUGAACCCUAUCCGGAUUACGAUGCCAUGCCUAUCUUCCACCUCUUUGUUCUCUACAACCAAGGCGAUUAUCGCCUCUUCGGCGAGAUGUACCUCACGUCGGAAGAAUGGGAGAAUCUCAAGUCCCUUCAGAAACCGCUAGACGACACAAUCGUCGAGUGUUACCAAGACGAGCAAGGACGCUGGAGAUUCCUCCGCUUCCGCGACGAUAAGAAAGAUGCGAAUCACAUCUCUACUGUUGAGAAGGUGCUCGAGAGUAUCCGAGACCGGGUCACGGAAGACGACCUCAUCCGUGCUGCGCCGGCUAUCAAAGCUGCAUGGAAACGAAGACAGGCACAAGCUGCAGCAGAGGAAGAAGAACGGAGACGAAGAGUACACGUGAAUGGGAACGGAGUGAAGAGGAAAUUCGAGGAAUGAGAGAAGAGAAGAUCAGAAGACAGUUUCUUUUUUUUUUUUUUUUUGGUCUCACAGAUCCCUUCCCUCUCUCUCGACUCCUAUACCGAGCCCCCCAAUUUUUCCCCCAAACAACUCAAUACCAUGUGUAAACUCAUUUCUCGAAUUGCCAAUUCGCAAAUGCAAGGUGCCCGGCGUUCAUGGAUAGGAUCCUCAUUAUAUUCAUCAUUUUUUUUUUAUAUCAUUGACUUCGUCCUCUUUUCUCCAUUUAUGGUACUCAAGGAAUCCAGAACCGCAUAUAUCCAUCCCUUCCUCCCUUUUCUUUUUAUCAUUUUGAUUUUUCUAUGGUGCACGAGGAUAACAGGGUAGGCGGGCAAUAAAAACAUCGGAUCGGUGGCGGAAUACUGCGUUG